UCUUUUCAUUGGAAAUUUUAUUCUAUAAUUAGGUGUUUAUUUUUAUGGUAUGAUGUCUUAUCAGAAUUCCAAGGUGAUGACAUCCUAAAGGCCAAAUUACUAAAAGUCCUAAUAACUCCUCACCUACCCCUCAUUAACUUAUAUUUAUAUUUUUGGCAAAGUAAUUUAAUCAAUUAUUUUUAUUGGCAAAGUAAUUUUUUUUUUUUUUUGGAAAAGUAAUUUUAUAUGUUAGUUACUUCUAAGUUCUAGUCAAUAGUUAUCUACCUUUUUACUGUUGAUACAAAUAAACACACUGAAUCAAUUGCUAUGCUAUAAAAGCUCUACAAACCUCUCAAAACAAAGAACAAAAGCUACAUUAUUUCUCUAUCUACUUUUCUUAGGUUAAUACUUAAUAAUUUGUUCAUUGGUGCAAUUCUUGCACUAGAGUUGUUCUAUUGUAGUUGUACGUGCAAAGCCUUCAAAAACAUGAAGAUUUUGAUGGCAUUUGGCUUCUUCUUACUCUUACAGCUUCAAGAUUCUUGUGACUCUACUUCUUCUCAUCAGUAUGUUAAGCAAGUUGAAUUUGGUAAAAAGAUUCAAGAAAAGUUAACUUCAAAGCCUAAACUUCAAUCAUUAAUUAAAGCCGAAGGAAGAGUGUUCUAUCCUCAAGGCUACGGUGCAGACCCAAAUGGAGUACAAGACAGCAGCGAUGCUAUUCUGAAAGCAAUAUUGGAUGCAUUCCAAGUGCAAAAGGGGAUUCAAUUAUUGCCUAGUAUCAAUGAUUUGGGAGGGGUUAUCAUUGAUUUCCAAGGUGGAAAUUAUAUGAUCACCAAACCCAUUUCAUUACCUCCUCUUGUUGGCAAUGUUGUGGUACAAGGAGGAACACUAAGAGCAUCAAACACAUUUCCACAAGACCGCCAUCUACUAGAACUAUCAUCUCAACCCUCUAAAACCAUCCUUAUAAACUCCACCACCAACACUCAAUUCCAAAUCUCCGGUAUCCAAUACGAAGACAUAACCUUCCGUGACAUACUCUUCGACUCCAACUUCCGAGGUGGAGGUCUAAUCAUCAUCGACUCAGCUCGUAUUCGAGUCACAAACUGCUACUUUCUCCACUUCACAACCCAAGGCAUACUAGUCCAAGGUGGCCAUGAAACCUUCAUUUCCAACACCUUUCUUGGACAGCAUGAAACCGUGGGUAGUCACCCUAGUGAGAGCCAGUUUACAGGCACCGCUAUCGACAUUGGCAGCAACGACAAUGCCAUCACUGAUGUCGUAGUGUUUUCAGCUGCUGUGGGGAUUACUCUAAGAGGCCAAGCCAAUAUCAUCACUGGUACUCAUUUAUACAACAAGGCUACAUUUUUUGGUGGGGUGGGUAUUUUGGUGAAAUUACCUGGUUUAUCACAAACUAGGAUAGAUAAUUGCUACUUAGAUUACAACUCUAUUGUCAUGGAAGAUCCUGUUCAAGUGCACAUUACUAAUGGCUUCUUCCUAGGGGAUGGAAAUGUGGUGGUGAAAUCGGCUCAUGGUCGAAUUUCGGGGCUAAACAUCUUAAACAACAUGUUUUGUGGUGAUCCAAAGAAUAUGAAGGCUAUAGUAGAAUUAGAUGGAGUGUUUAACAAGGUUGAUCAAGUGGUUAUUGAUCAUAAUAAUGUUAUGGGAAUGCAGUUGAAAUCAACAGUGGGGAAAUUAAGCAUAAAGGGAGUUCAUGCUACUAAAUGGGAAGCUGAUUUUUCUAACAUGUUGGUUUUUCCUGAUAAAAUAGCUCAUUUUCAAUAUUCUAUUUAUAGUAAGGGAGGAGUGUUUUAUGUUCAUGGAGUUACUAAUGUCACAAAAAAUGUGGUUACUAUUGAGACUGAUAAGCCUAUUGAUGGGGUGGUGUCUGUGCAAGUUGAUCAGUAUAAUGAAGUAGGAGACUGGUGAGGGGAUUGAUUAGUUGAAAUAGG